AUGUGGGAAGUGGCAGAGGCGUUUGCCUCUGUUGACAUCAUCAAUUUUGGGGAAGAGGAGGUGAACACAGAGAAGCUGAUGGCCUUUGUGAACACGCUGAAUGGCAAGGACGGAACCGGAUCACACCUGGUGACAGUGCCCCCUGGACCCAGCUUGGCUGAUGCCCUCAUCAGUUCUCCUAUUCUAGCUGGUGAAGGCGGUGCCAUGCUGGGGCUCGAUGCCAGUGACUUCGAGUUUGGAGUAAACCCCAGUGCUGAUCCUGAGUUGGCUCUAGCUCUUCGUGUAUCUAUGGAAGAGCAGCGGCAGCGGCAGGAGGAAGAGGCACGGCGGGCUGCUGCAGCCUCUGCCGCCGAGGCUGGAAUUGCAACGUCUGGGACUGAAGGUGAAAGAGACUCGGACGACGCCCUCCUGAAGAUGACCAUCAGCCAGCAGGAGUUUGGCCGUGCUGGGCUUCCUGACCUAAGCAGCAUGACUGAGGAGGAGCAGAUCGCCUACGCCAUGCAGAUGUCGCUGCAGGGAAUAGAGUUCGGCCAAGCAGAGUCAGCUGACAUCGAUGCCAGCUCAGCCAUGGACACCUCUGAGCCUGUGAAGGAGGAGGAGGACUACGAUGUGAUGCAAGACCCAGAGUUCCUUCAGAGUGUCCUGGAGAUCCUUCCCGGCGUGGAUCCCAAAAACGAAGCCAUUCGGAACGCAAUGGGCUCUCUAGCCUCCCAGACCACCAAGGAUGGCAAGAAGGACAAGAAAGAGGAAGACAAGAAGUGAGCCUGGAGGGAGGGCUGGCUGAGUCUGCCCAGGGGACUGUGAAGACGGGGUUGCCUAUAGACCUAGAUGUGCUGUCUGCAGACUUUACAACCUGAAUAAAG